UUUUUUUAACAGGACUGAGAGCUGUGGACAUCAGCACGAUCCUAGCAGAGAACAACUUGUAAUGGAGCCUUCACCUCUUGAGUUACCAGCUGACACAGUGCAACGAAUCGCAUCUGAACUUGGAUGUCAUCCAACAGAUGAAAGGGUCGCCCUUCGACUCGAUGAGGAAGAUGAGCUGAAGCACUUCAGGGAUUAUUUUUAUAUGCCCAAAAUGCGGGAUCUGCCUCCAAUUGAUUUAUCUUUAGUGAAUAAGGAUGAAAACGCCAUCUAUUUCUUGGGAAAUUCUCUUGGCCUUCAACCAAAAAUGGUUAAAACAUAUCUGGAAGAAGAACUAGAUAAGUGGGCCAAAAUGGGAGGCUACGGUCAUGAAGUAGGGAAACGUCCUUGGAUUACGGGAGACGAGACUAUCCUAGGCCUUAUGAAUGACAUUGUAGGAGCCAAUGAGAAAGAAAUAGCCCUAAUGAAUGGUUUGAGUGUGAAUUUACAUCUUCUACUGUUAUCGUUUUUUAAGCCUACGCCAAAACGAUAUAAAAUUCUUCUAGAAGCCAAAGCCUUCCCUUCAGAUCAUUAUGCUGUUGAAUCACAGCUUCAACUUCACGGUCUUAACGUUGAGGAAAGUAUGCGGAUUAUAAAGCCAAGAGAGGGGGAAGAAACCUUGAGAAUAGAAGAUAUCCUUGAAGUCAUUGAGAAGGAAGGAGACUCGAUUGCAGUCAUUCUAUUCAGUGGGCUGCAUUUUUAUACUGGACAGCUCUUUAAUAUACCUGCCAUCACCAAAGCUGGCCAGGCAAAGGGUUGUUUUGUUGGCUUUGAUCUAGCACAUGCAGUUGGAAAUGUUGAACUCCACUUACAUGACUGGGGAGUUGAUUUUGCCUGCUGGUGCUCCUACAAGUAUUUAAAUGCAGGAGCAGGAGGUCUUGCUGGUGCCUUUAUCCAUGAAAAGCAUGCCUAUACAAUUAAACCUGCGUUAGUGGGAUGGUUUGGCCAUGAACUCAGCACCAGAUUUAAGAUGGAUAACAAACUGCAGUUAAUCCCUGGGGUCAAUGGAUUCCGAAUUUCCAAUCCUCCCAUUUUUCUGGUCUGUUCCUUACAGGCUAGUUUAGAGAUCUUUAGGCAAGCAACUAUGAAAGCAUUGAGGAGAAAAUCUAUUUUGCUAACUGGUUAUCUGGAAUACAUGAUCAAGCACUACCGUAGCAAUGAUAGAGCAGAAACCAAGAAACCAGUUGUGAACAUCAUUACGCCAUCCAGUAUAGAGGAUCGUGGCUGCCAGCUGACGCUAACAUUUUCUGCUCCAAUGACAUAUGUAUUCCAAAACCUGGGAAAGAGAGGAGUGGUUUGUGACAAGCGGGAGCCAGAUGGCAUCCGAGUGGCUCCGGUUCCUCUCUACAAUUCUUUCCAUGAUGUCUAUAAAUUUAUCAGUCUGCUCUCUUCUGUACUUGAUUCUGCGGAAACGAAAAAAUAGCUGUGUUUUCUAGAAGAGCUUGAGUAAAUAAUACUGAAAGUCGAUGUGGUUAUUUUAUUAUUAUUAUUCAAGUUUUAAUUAUUGAAAGUAUUUCAGAACUGAUUUCACAUAACUGGCAAUGAAUUGUAUAUUUUACAGAAAAACAUAAUUUUUUUGAGCCUGUGGUACUGAGGAAUCCACAUAGCUGUCCAAUUUCUUGCUGUUUGAUGGAUCAAAGUCUUCAUUAGUCCAAAUAUUAUGUACAUAGUCUUGGUAGUGAAAUUUCUUGGUCAUGUCACAUUUCAUGGUCAGUGAAAUGUUUUUGUUGGUUUAAUUUAUAAUUUGACUGAUAACUUCAUAAUAUAUGUGGAAAUUUUUUUGUGUGUGAGGAAGAUCGGCCCUGAGCUAACAUAUGCCAAUCCUCCUCUUUUUUUUUUUUUGCUGAGGAAUAUUAGCCC